CUUCUUUAUACUUUUUUCUUUUUUUUUCCUUCUUUUUCUUUAUACUCAAUACUUAUCAAUGCCAUUCAAUUCUCCUUUACCCGCCAGUUUGGGAAGUGAAUGUAGAAAAGCCUCGAGAAUUCUCAAUUCUUUUAUUGAUCCCGGUGAAGGUCUAGAUAAAAUAAUUCCUAGUGGUAUUCUUCGUAAUGCCAAAGGUCUUGCUAUCUUGACUGUGCUCAAAGGUGGUUUUUUGUUUAGUGGACGAGCAGGUUCUGGUUUAGUUAUUGCAAGACUAGCAGAUGGCUCUUGGAGUGCACCUUCGGCCAUUGGUACUUUAGGAAUGGGAUUUGGUGGCCAAAUAGGUGGAGAAUUGACUGAUUUUGUGAUGGUACUACAAACUCAAGCUGCUGUCAAGGCAUUCAUGAGUUUUGGAAAUCUCACUUUAGGUGGAAAUAUUUCAGUGGCUGCUGGACCUGUCGGACGAAAUGCAGAAGCAUCAGGAACUGCAUCUAUUAAAAGUGUAGCGGCUAUCUAUUCUUAUAGUAAAACUCGUGGAUUAUUUGCUGGUGUGUCACUUGAAGGAUCAGUUAUUAUGGAGAGAUUUGAUGCGAAUGCCAAGAUGUAUGGAUACAAGGUUAAGGCGCGUGACCUAUUGGGUGGUAGUGUUCCUCCUCCAAGCGAAGCAUCCUCCCUAUAUCAGGCUUUGGAUAAUCGAUUCCGAUAUGAUAAUAAUAGUUAUUACGAUUUUAGACAACAAGGAUAUCAUCAACCAAACAAUAGUAGUUACAAUUAUGAUACUCGAGAUUUUGACAGUGGAUAUAAUGCAUCAAAUGGAACCAAUGGAUUAGGUCGAUCACAAACCUUCAGUAGAGCAGCAGUUAAAAGUAUGGCAACUGGUGGUGGUGGUGGUGGAUUAGGGACUAUGGAUUAUGGUAGAAGAUCUCGAUCAUCCAGUACAACAGAUCGAUGGCAACAAUCAUCUCCAAGAUUCGGUGAACGUGAUGAUGAUAUAUUAGGAUUACCUGAUACAACACCUACUGGAAAUUCGUCAUUUAACUCUAACAAUAGACCAGUAAUUACUGAUGGAAAACCACGUGCUCGUGCUCUUUUCAAUUUUGCUGGUCAACAAGCUGGUGAUCUUCCAUUUAAAAAGGGUGAUACCAUUGUGAUUGUCAAGAAAUCAGAAACGCAACAAGAUUGGUGGACAGGUGAAAUCGGAUCUCGAAAAGGAAUUUUCCCUGCUAAUUUUGUAGAACUCAUUUAGCUAUAUAGGAAUCAUAUAUUAUUUAUUGUAUCAUUAUUUUCUUUUAUACUUUCUUUAUAUAUAUUGACCCAAAAUAAAAUAUUCUUAUUCAACAACCGAC